AUGGCAUUCAGAAUACCAUUUAUAUAUUCAAAAUGUAAAUGUCUUGCGCCGAACGUGACGGCCAAGAAUGGGUCGUGUCCUCUAGAGUGCAAUAACCUCGUCUGGUAUAUCGUUAUCUUUUCGUUCUUUGUCUUAAUUCACUCGACAUCAGAGGUCGGAUCGAUGUUACUUACGCUCAGAUGCGUUGACCCACAGGACAAAGCCAUGGCAUUGGGUCUAAUAUCGUUCGCUAUCGGUCUCUUCGGUAACGUUCCCUGUCCUAUAAUAUACGGGGCAGUAGUGGACAGCGCGUGUCUGUUUUGGGAGGGAGACUGUGGUAAACGGGGCGCGUGUCGUGUCUACGAUCCGGUUAAGUUUCGGCUCGUGUUUCACGGCGUGACCGCUCUUAUAAUGUUUGCCGCUUUCAUUGUGGACGCAAUCGUCUGGUAUAAGGCGCCAGAGAUUCAGUUCAACGAUGACAUUAAGCCAUCGAUGGUCACCAAUAAUCACAACAAGAAUGAUAACAACGCCAACGAAGAGAACGCACCGAAACCCGACUCCGAGUCCAUACUUUGAUUGUUCACAUCGUUUGUUAAUAUAUAUAUGAUAUACAAUAUAAUUAUUAUUAAUAUUAUUUUGACUAUUAUUGAGAUUGUUUUUGAAGAGAGAAAAAGUUUUGGAUUAAUAUUUGUCUGUUUUUUAUUGUGCCAAACAUUUACUGGUAUUCUGACUGAAAAACAGAACUCAAAAAUUAAAUUAAAUUUAUAUAUUAAAUGUAUUCUUAAAGCGGAACACAAAUACUGUAUAACUUUUUAUUUCAUUUUUUAUUGAGAAAAA